AAGGGAGAGAAAUGUAAACAAAAAAAUCAGUCACAACAUUUCUUUUUGGGUCUGCACAGGUACAUAAAAAUUCUUUCUCGCCUUUUAAGUUUAAAUGGAAAUCCUCGGAGGUUCACAUACCGACAAAAACUGGUGUUGCUUCAAGGAGGCACACAUUUCAAUCAUAAAAAAACAUACAAGAGAGACAGAAAAAAAAAGAGUCAAAGAAAAAGAGAAAAGGGAAGAGAUGAAAAGCGAAAGCAUUUUUCAUAUAAAAUGUAAACCUUCCCUCUCAUUUUUUCCCCUCUUCUUUACAUUUUCUUUCUCUCUUUCUAUUCCUCUCCCUCCCUCUCUAUUAUCCUAGAUAAUGCUACAACAAUUAAAUGAAAAAGACAACAAUAACAAGGAUCAUGAUGAUGAAAUGGCUUCGGAUUUCAAGGUUCUUUCCGCCGAUACCCUUUCAGGGAAAAUAAUUAUGCAACCACAACAAGCCUAUUUAAUGCAGCAUAAUAAAAAGCAAUUAUCAUCUGAUAAUACUUUAAAGAAACCACCGUCUAUCACAACUACACGUCAAUUAUCCAUGUCAAAUCUUUCACUUGAUAUGCAGACACGCAUUACUACAAAAGAAACCUCCUAUUCAUUCAUUUGGAUUGACGAUCACUAUAAGAGUGUAUCGAACUUGGACCAAUUCGGACAAGAAAAAAGCUUAUUAAAAAAAGAGAGUUUUUCAACAAGGGGAUUUUGUAAUGUUUUCACAAUAUGUUUUAUUAUGGCUAUUAUACUCUUUUUGUUUCUGUAUCCUUUCAUCACUAUGUUUCUUAAUAAAUAAAUUAGUAAGGGAGAAAUGCCACGUCAAAAAAGGGAGUGUUAUCCAUUUUAGAAAUAUGAAAAAAACAUAAUCUAAUUUUGGUACGUAUUUCGGAGCCUUUCAUUCCGUUUUAUUGCUUUCUUGUGUACAACAUGAAUAUACACAAACAAAUAAACGUAGCACAG